AUGCCACUUGAGUCAGCGGAGACUCUAAACUCACUGAUAUCUGCCUCUGUCCUUUCCACACCAGGUAAAGACCGUGUCAUCUUUGUGACUAAGGAGGAACAUGAAACACCGAGCAACGCUGAGCUGGUGGAGGAGGAUCCUGAUGACCCCUAUGAAGAACGAGGUGAGUGGAGAGGAGCAGAGAGGAGUAGUGCUUCUCAAUUAGAUUACAUUAGGCCCAGAUUAGCUCAAUUGCUAACUAGAUUGACAUGAGGACAUGUCCCAUGUUUUCAUUGGUUUGUUGUGACAUUGGCCAGACUUGCUGACCUCUGUUAUAACCAGUAACCUAAUAGAUUUGCACUCCUUUCCGGUAUAAUUAGCAUCUGUUUCCAUUUCUUUUUCUAUCUCUCCUCCCAAGGUUUGAUCCUGCCCAGUGGGGAGAUCAACUGGAACUGCCCCUGUCUGGGAGGGAUGGCCAGCGGUCCCUGUGGAGCGUCGUUUAAGGAGGCCUUCUCCUGUUUCCACUACAGCAAGGAGGAGGUGAAGGGCUCGGAGUGCCUGGAGCAAUUCAGGGGAAUGCAGGAGUGUAUGCAGAGAUACCCAGAACUCUACCCCCAGGAGGACGACAAGGAGACCCAGGGAGGGCCAUCUGAAAUGGAUCCCUCCAAACAAGACUCUGCCCCUGAACCAACCACUACCCCUACACCUGCAGCCCCUGUCCAAGACUCUAUCCCCUCCCCCGCAUCCUCCGCCCCUGCUGACACCCCACCACCACCCCCCUCAAACAGCUCAGCCUCAGGCUGA